UAUAGGAGGAGGUUGACAGCAUGUGGGCUAUUCACCUUGCGGAGAGUUGGAGACGAGGUUUUCACCUUGCUUUCCUAUUAUAGUCCUUUGGGACUACAGUACAUAAAAUGACGUCACUGUGCCUUGAGGUUCCAGCUAGUAUUAUUACCGACUAUUUAACACUCAUUCCUGUCUUGAGUAUACAGUCUUUGGUCAUGAUCCGAAUAAAUUGGAAUACAGUAUUUACCAUUUCAUCAUCUGUAUGUUACUUUGGUGAUAGUUGUCGCGUUGUUGACUCAUCACCACAUGCACUGAGAUCAUCGUGAAUACUCUUAGGACUAGGUUGUUAUUGACAAGAUUCCCCCAUAGAAAUAGAGACCAGAAAAAUUAGAGUGUAGACAAAAUAGUGUAGCCAAUACUCCCUGGACUAUGGCUGGCUCAGCUGCUGCCCCCACAUCUUUAGUUGAGAUAACAAUAUCUGGAAGGAAUCUCCGAGACACCGAUGUCUUUUCCAAAUCUGACCCAAUUUGUGUGGUCUUUUAUCAACCUUUUGGAUCAAGACAGUGGGCAGAGUAUAAACGAACUGAAUGUAUAGAUAAUACCCUUAAUCCAGAUUUUGCAAAAAAAAUUUCCAUCACAUACCAUUUUGAAGAACAACAGCCUCUUAAAUUUAUGUUAUAUGACAUUGAUUCUGACUCUCAUUCACUUGACCACCAUGAUUUUCUUGGAAAAUAUGAGUGCACUCUUGCUCAACUCGUGAGUGCUCGUACAGUUCACAAACCUUUGGUGAAUGAAAACUUCGUUGGAGAUAAUGGCUCUAUUCUACUUGUCACAGAAGAGCUUACUUCCUGUAAAGAGGAAUUUGACUUACAGUUUGUUGGGAAGCAACUUGAAAAUAGGAACUGGUUCUCUUCCUUGAAUCCCUUCCUAGAGUUUUUCAAGGUAAAUGAAGAUGGGACUUUCACCCUGGUUCAUCGUACAAACCCUGCCAGUCGUACAGAAUCUCCAGUUUGGUUGGAUUUUUCUGUAAAAUUGAGAAGCUUCUGCAGUGGUGAUUAUGAUCGUAACAUCAAAGUUAAUUGUCAAAAUUUCCAAAAAAGUGGAAAUCACAAACUUAUUGGCAGCUUUUAUACAACAGUAAGGCGACUUACAGAAGGACCUGGCCCAAGCAAUACAUAUUAUCUCAUCAAUGAAGAAAGAAAGAAGAAAAAGGGCAGUAGCUACAAGAACUCUGGGGAAGUGAUGGUUAAUAAGGCCCAUGUUCGUCAGGUUUACUCAUUCAUUGACUACAUCAAGGGUGGCAUGGAGAUAAAUGCAUUCAUUGCUAUUGAUUUCACAGCAUCAAAUGGUAACCCUCAAACGGCACAUUCCCUACACUAUAUCAAUCCAGGAGCUCCAAACCAGUAUGUUCGAGCCAUCCAGUCAGUUGGGGAGAUCAUUGAAGAUUAUGACACAGAUAAAUACUUUCCAGUUCUUGGCUUUGGUGCCAGGAUGCCUCCAGAUUUUCAGAAAGUGUCACAUGAGUUCUUUGUAAAUGGAGAUACUUCAAAUCCCUACUGUUACAGAGUUAAUGGAGUUGUUGAGGCGUACUACAGUUGUCUGAAUCGUGUUCAGUUGUAUGGACCAACGAAUUUUGCUCCAAUUAUCAAUCAUGUUGCCCGCUUUGCCACCUCUAGCCGGGGUGGAGAUAAGUACUUUAUUCUUCUGAUUCUGACUGAUGGGAUUAUUACUGACAUGCCUCAGACAAAAGAGGCAAUCGUUAAUGCUUCUUCCUUGCCCCUGUCCAUCAUUAUUGUGGGAGUAGGGGAAGCUGACUUUGCUAACAUGGAGGAAUUAGAUGGAGAUGUUGUGCGUCUCUCCAGUAAUGGUCGGUAUGCUGUUCAAGACAUAGUACAAUUUGUGCCUUUUAGAGAUUUUUUAAAGGGGGGUGGGGAUCCUAACAUGGCUAGGUAUAGGCUAGCUAGAGAAGUGCUGGCUGAAGUUCCAGAUCAGGUUUUGUCCUACAUGAAAGCAAAUAAUAUCACUCCUCAACCUGUCCAAGUAAGUAACACACUGCUGCCACCUGAUCUUGGCUGAUCAGACUGCCUUACUCUUAUAAACAUCACAGUUACUGUACAAGGCUGUGAUGUGCUUGAAGUUAUUGGUGCUUAACAGAUAUUCCUUGUAAACUUAAGUCCAUGGUCUUUGCAAAUGUAUAUCAUGGGAGCUGUCUUUAAAUUACUUCAUAUAGUAAUUGAGUGUUGAGUGCCAUAGGUGUGGUGGAAACUGAUUUAAGAAUGAUUGUAUUUACUGUACAGUAUAGACUUGAUGUACACUCUGUAAAACGCUACCGUACAGGUGGGGUCCGAUGAUUUUCCAACUGAACAUUCCCGUUGUCUCGCGAGGGUCGGUAGGCCUGAAUGUGAAACAUUUCGUACUUAAUUUGGUAGGCCGAAAUUAGCUAUUACAUUGACAAUAUUGAAUUAUUUUGUUACACUAUGACUAGAUAAGUUAAACUGUAUGUUAUAUUAAAUGUUCCACACACCAUGGACUACAGUAACCAUGGAAGUGGAUGAGUUGCCAUAUAGGAAUGCUUUAUAUGUUUGGCGGAAUUAGUGGAUAUAGUGAAGGUAUAAUAUUAUUUUGCAACCGAAUUUUGAAUCUAUUUGUACUGCUGCUUCACUUUGGACUAAUGUUACAUUAUGUCAUUCUUUAUUUGUAUAUUGUAAAAUAUACCAAGCUGUUCUGAAACAUGUGAAUAGCUCCACAGUUCAUAUAACAUACACAUUCUUUAUGUAAGGUAUCAGGAAAUGUUGGUAGCACUAAUUACAUAAAUCACAAUAUUAGGCUGCUACAUCACCGCUCACAAUGUGUAUUCGACAUGGAGAAAUGAGGCAUAGAGUUCCGAUAAAGUUUCAAAUUGUGUUAGUGUGGCAGCACUAACUCUGACUCGUUUCAGAGUGCCGAUCACUUGUUUUGAGUGCUUGUGGCCGAACCCAUGCACGCGCAGGGCUACCAAUGCGAGGAAUGCCUCAGGGGCCUUUUUGAGACACUUCGUUUGUAGUGUCAGUUUGUUUUGCGCAGGAAUUGUAACAGUAGUUUUUUUACCGAGUGUACUUAUCCACAUUACACACAGAUAUGACUGUUUGGCAUGUGCUGUACAGGCAUUUUAAAGGUUAUUGCAUGAUACUUAAAAAUAUUAGAAAUUUUAUUACAUGGUGUAUUUGGGGAAAGUUUAUAGCUGUCCAUCUUAAAAGUAGAAGUAAGUUUUUUUCACUUGACUCAAACAUAAUUUUUUUUUCAUGUAAUAUGGUGCUGGACUAAAACUCAUGUAAUGCAUUAUUCUUCUGUUAUAAGUUUAUUAUGAUUCCAUUUAAAUAUUGACAAGAUUACGCAAGUGGUCUACAUAUUGUUACACUUGCGCUUAAUCUUUACACUGUCCUUACGGUGUAUUAUAUUAAUGUUGGGCAUCAUUUUAUUUCAGUACUGAUAUUGUAGACUUAUUUCUACAAAUAGUGUUGUUUGUUGUCAAGGAAAAAGAAAUUAUUGAAAAAGAAAUUAAUAAUUUUCUCUAGGAUAAAUUUCUUUUUUUAGAUGUACCAUUUGCAGAAUUUUUUAAUUUUAUCUCUGAAAAGAUAUUUGGUGUGAAGAUUAGCAAUUCGUUCAUUAUAAAGAAUUAGUUAUUGUGUAUACGUAUUUUGCAGUUUUGUACUGCCUGUCAAAGUAGUCCCUCUUUUAUACCUUUUAUAUGGUCAGAUCUGGAAAUUCAUGAGACGGGCCUGACACUAAUGACUGAAAGGAUAGCACGGCACAGUGGCUGUUGGGGGGCCCGUCACCACCAGGCAGAGGAAAACGGCUAAAACCACUAUGAAAUUUCAUGCCUUCACCACUAGUCAUAUAUGUAGUUUUUCUGUCAUAGUUGAAAAUACUGUACAGUACUAUUCUAUAACAACAAUUAUUGUAUAUUUUCACACCAUUUACUGACCAGUACAGUAGAACGUCGAUUU